UUCGUCACCAGGAGGUGAUGAGCUUUCUAAUAUUGGGAACUUUACAGCGCAAAAAAAGAACGAAAAAAUUAUGACGAAAGUUGUGUUUUCGUUACAUUUACUGAUUUAAUUAGGCCUCAGCCUUAAGUAAGAAAAAAAAUGUCAGAUGAAAAACAGGGAGUGAAACCUGAGAAUGAACAAAUUCAACUGAAAGUUGUUGGACAAGAUGGAAGUAUUGUGCAAUUUAAAAUAAAGAAACACACACCCUUUAGAAAACUAAUGACAACAUAUUGUGACAGAGCAGGCAUGAAUAUUCAGAAUGUCCGUUUCCGUUUUGAUGGACAGCCAGUCAGUGAAACGGAUACUCCUGCAGGUCUUGAAAUGGAAGAUGAAGACACUAUUGAUGUUUUCCAGCAGCAGACAGGUGGACAAUUACAAGAAGUAUCGUAAAACAUUCAUAAAAUAAGAAAUGUAAAAACCAUUUUUUAAUAUUUUUCAUUCAUUAGAGGUCACUUUUUUCUGUAAAAUAAUGCAUUUAUGUGGUAUGCAGUUAAUCCCCAUCCCAAUUUAUUAAAGGAUACUGUAAAUACAGGACUGUAAUAACACUUCAUAAAAAAAUUAAGAAAAAAAACAUGUUCCUGAAUAAAAGAAAAUCAUGGCUAAGCUGUCAGAGUUGUUCA